GCUAGAUUCAUGGUAAUAACAGUUACAACUUCCGGUUCUCCAGUGCAGUGAACAACAUUUUUUUUUUACAAAAGCAAGAAAUCUGGAGAGCUGGGAGCAUUAAGCAGUCCGCCAUGCACUUCGGGCAAAGUGGGGUGAAUAUUCUCUUGAGCCAUGUUAUAGAAGACUAUUGGGUUGUAGGACUGUAUGAGGAGGCCUCUGUGUUUCUCUAGAGGCAGAGAGGAUCGCUGCUGCUGUUUGGAGCCAUGGAGAAGAUGUCGCGGGUAACCACAGCCCUGGGCGGCAGUGCCAUCAGCGGACGCACCAUGUUCUGCCACCUGGACGCCCCCGCCAACGCCAUCAGUGUGUGCCGCGAUGCCACACAGGUGGUGGUGGCCGGCCGCAAUAUCUUCAAGAUCUACGGCCUGGAGGAGGAGCAGUUUGUGGAGAAGCUCAACCUGCGCGUGGGCCGCAAGCCCUCGCUCAACUUCAGCUGUGCCGACGUCAUGUGGCACCAGAUGGAGGAGAACCUGCUGGCCACGGCUGCCACCAACGGGGCGGUAGUUACCUGGAACCUGGGCAAGCCGUCGCGCAACAAGCAGGACCAGCUGUUCACCGAGCACAAGCGCACGGUCAACAAGGUGUGCUUCCACCCCACCGAAGUCUACAUGCUGCUCAGUGGCUCCCAGGAUGGCUACAUGAAGUGCUUCGACCUGCGCAAGAAGGAGUCCGUUAGCACCUUCUCAGGUCAGUCGGAGAGUGUAAGAGAUGUUCAGUUCAGCAUGAAGGAUUACUUUACUUUUGCUGCUUCCUUUGAGAACGGUAACGUCCAGCUGUGGGACAUCCGGAGGCCUGACCGGUAUGAGAGGAUGUUCACAGCCCACACCGGUCCUGUGUUCUGCUGUGACUGGCACCCCGAUGACAGGGGUUGGCUGGCCACUGGUGGCCGGGACAAGAUGGUGAAGGUGUGGGACAUGACCACCAACCGGGCCAAAGAGAUCUACUGCGUCCAGACCAUUGCCUCGGUGGCACGGGUCAAGUGGCGUCCUGAGAGGAAGUGGCACCUGGCCACCUGCUCCAUGAUGGUGGACCACAACAUCUACGUGUGGGACGUCCGACGGCCCUUCAUCCCCUUUGCCACCUUCGAGGAGCACAAGGACGUGACCACGGGCAUCGUGUGGCGCCACCAGCAUGACCCCUACUUCCUGCUGUCAGGCUCCAAGGACAGCACACUCUACCAGCACAUGUUCAAGGACGCCAGCCGGCCCGUGGACCGGGCCAACCCCGAGGGGCUGUGCUUCGGCCUGUUUGGCGACCUUGCCUUUGCCGCCAAGGAGAGCCUCAUCAGUGGCGACUCCAACAGGAAACCCUACCCGGGUGGCGACCGCCGCUACCCAAUCUUCUUCUUCAAGAAGCCCGAUCUGACGGAGCAGUUUGCCCAUGUUUCCAGCGCCCUCAGCGUGUUCGAGUCGUCUCUGGAGAGCAGGCGCAUGGACUGGUUUGUCAAGACGGCGCGCCUCUACCUCCUCGGCGGCAAACCCUUCGCCGAGCUGUGCGACCACAAUGCUAAGGUGGCCAAGGAGCUCAACAGACCUCAGGUUUCUACUACAUGGACGAUGCUUCGGCUCAUGUUCUCAGAUCCAGCGAACCUCUCGACACCUGGUCCAAAUAACAUCAGCAAACUGGGCAACCUUCCUUUAAUGAACAGUUUCAGUAUGAAGGAGAUGGGGACGGAGAGCAGGCUGGACCGUAGUAAAGGAGAGAGCAGACAGGACAACAUUCACCUGGAGCCUGGGAACUCGCUCAUCAACAGCAACAACGACGAGAAUGAGGAGACCGAGGGGAGUGAGGGACAGGCGGAGUACAUGUUUGGUGACGCUGAGCUGGAUGACGAUGACCUCUACUCUAUGGAGCACGAAAUCCAGGCCGUGGAAGAACAGGAGUACACGCUCCCCCAGGAGGCCUUCCCGCUGCGCCACGAGAUCAUGGACAACCCGUCGGUCCCGGAGCACCUGCAGCAGGACAAGGCCGACUCGCCGCACGCCAGCGGCAACGAGGCGGAGGUCAUGUGCCUGACGCCCAUAGAGUCCCUCUCCCUGAUCGCCAUCUCGCAGCCGCUGUUCAGCCCCCACCUCCCUUCCCGCUUUUUUUGCCCCGUGGUCAGAGAGAUGCUGAGCCACUACGCCGAGCAGGGCGACGUGCAGAUGGCGGUCUCGGUGCUCAUCGUCCUGGGAGACCGCAUCCGCAAGGAGAUCGACGACCUCACUCAGGAGCACUGGUACAUGUCCUACAUUGACUUGCUGCAGCGUUUCGAGCUGUGGAACGUGUCCAACGAGGUCAUCAAGCUGAGCACUUGCAGCGCCAUCACCUGUCUGAACCAGACAUCCACCACGCUGCACGUCAACUGCAGCAACUGCAAACGGCCCAUGAGCAACAGGGGCUGGAUCUGUGACCGGUGCCACCAGUGUGCCAGUGUUUGUGCCGUGUGCCACCAUGUGGUGAAGGGGCUGUUUGUGUGGUGCCAAGGCUGCAGUCAUGGCGGGCACCUGGAGCACGUGAUGAACUGGUUAAAGAGCAAUUCUCACUGCCCGGCUGGCUGCGGACACCUGUGUGAGUACACCUGACCCUCAGCUCCACCCCCUCCCAGCCAGCUCUCUGUGAGAGGGAGCGCACCUCACCUGGCUCACACUGGCCUGGGUCUCACACUCCAGGCUGGCCUCUCCAAAGACUGGGGUCCACAGGGGGGUGGCCAUGGUAGCAGGAUGGCUGUAUUGGAAGAUAGGUCGGUAAAACUGGAGUCCAAUUCAUUAAACCAGUCGGAGAGGAGAACGGGGGAUCAUGUACCUUAUGGAGCACUGUUGAAAGUUUGAGAUGAGCCCGCUGGCCGAUUCAGUGCUCCCUUUGACAAUGACAGAAACUCAAAGUUAAGUGAACACAAUAAUGUAUGUGUGUGUGUGUGUGUAUAUAUACAGUUGAAGUAUGAAGUUUACAUACACCUUAGCCAAAUACAUUUAAACUCAGUUUUUCACAAUUCCUGACAUUUAAACCUAGUACAAUUUCCCUGUUUUAAAUCAGUUAGGAUUACCACUUUAUUUUAAGAAUGUGACAUUUCAGAAUAAUAGUAUAGAGAGUGUUCUUCAGCUUGCAAGAAUCCCCCCUUUUCCUCCAAACAUAAUGAUUGUCAUUAUGGCCAAACAGUUCUAUUUUUGUUUCAUCAGACCAGAGGACAUUUCUCCAAAAAGUAUGAUCUUUGUCCCCAUGUGCGGUUGCAAGCCAGUCAGGCUUUUUUAUUGCGGUUUUGGAUCAGUGGCUUCUUCCUUGCUGACCGGCCUUUCAGGUUAUGUCGAUUAUAGAACUUGUUUUACUGUGGAUAUAGAUACUUUUGUACCUGUUUCCUCCAGCAUCUUCACAAGGUCCUUUGUUGUUGUUCUGGGAUUGAUUUGCACUUUUCGCACCAAAGUACGUUCAUCUCUAGGAGACAGAACGUGUCUCCUUCCUGGGCGAAAUGACGGCUGCGUGGUCCCAUGGUGUUUAUACUUGCGUACAGAUGAACGUGGUACCUUCAGGCUUUUGGAAAUUGCUCCCAGGGAUGAACCAGACUUAUGGAGGUCUACACAUUUUUUUUCUGAGGUCUUGGCUGCUUUCUUUUGAUUUUCCUGUGAUGUCAAGCAAGGAGGCACUGAGUUUGAAAGUAGGCCUUGAAAUACAUCUACAGGUACACCUCCAAUUGACUCAAAUUAUGUCAUUUAGCCUAUCAGAAGCUUCAAAGCCAUGACAUCAUUUUUGGGAAUUUUCCAAGCUGUUUAAAGGCACAGUCAACUCAGUGUAUGUAAACCUCUGACCCACUGGAAUUGUGAUACAGUGAAAUAAUAUGUCUGUAAACAAUUGUUGGGAAAAUGACUUGUCAUGCACAAAGUAGAUGUCCUAACCGACUUGCCAAAACAAUAGUUUGUUAUCAAGAAAUUGGUGGAGUGGUUGAAAAACGAGUGUUAAUGACUCCAACCUAAGUAUGUAAACUUUAGACUUCAACUGUAUAUAUAUAUACAUAUAUAUGUGUAUAUGUAUAUGUGUGUGUACGUACAUACAUACACACUGUACUGUACCAGUCAAAAGUUUGGACACACGUACUCAUUCAAGGGGUUUUCUUUAUUUUUUUACUAUUUUCUACAUUGUAAAAUAAUAGUGAAGACAGCGAAACUAUGAAAUAACACAUGGAAUCAUGUAGUAACAAAAACAAAUCAAAAUAUAUUUAUAUUCUAAAAAGUAGCCACCCAUGGCACACUCAACUAGCUUAACGAGGUAGUCACCUGGAAUGCUUUUCCAACCAUUUUUAAGGAGUUCCCUCAUAUGCUGAGCACUUGUUGGCUGCUUUUCCUUCACUCUGCGGUUAAACUCUUCCCAAACCAUCUCAAUUGGGUUGAGGUCGGGGGUUGUGGAGGCCAGGUCAUCUGAUGCAGCAUUCCAUCACUCUCCUUGGUCAAAUAGCCCUUACACAGCCAGGAAGUGUGUUUUUGUGUCAUUGUCCUGUUUGAAAAACAAAUGAUAGUACCACUAAGCGGAAACCAGAUGGGAUGGCAUAUCGCUGUAGAAUGCUGUGGUAGCCAUGCUGGUUAAGUGUGCAUUGAAUUCAAAAUAAAUCAGACAGUGUCUACAGCAAAGCACCAUCACACCUCCUCCAUGCUUCACUGUGGGAACCACAUAUGCGGAGAUCAUCUGUUAACCUACUCUGCGUCUCACAAAGACACGGCGGUUGGAACCCAGUCUCAAAUUUUGACUCAUCAGACCAAAGGUCUGAUUUCCACCGGUCUAAUGUCCAUUGCUCGUGUGUCUUGGCCCAAGCAAGUCUCUUAUUAUUGGUGUCCUUAUAGUGGUUUCUUUGCAGCAAAUUGACCAUGAAGGCCUGAUUCACAGUCUCCUCUGAACAGUUGAUGUUGUGUAUGUUACUUGAACUCUGUGAGGUGCUGAGAUGCAGUUCAUUUCAGAUUUCUCUGGGUCUUCCUUUCCUGUGGCAGUCCUGAUGAGAGCCAGUUUUAUGACUGCACUUGAAAAAACAUCCAACGUUCUUGAAAUUUUCCAGAUUGACAGACCAUGUCUUAAAGUAAUUAUGGACUGUCGUUUCUCUUUGCUUAUUUGAGCUGUUCUUGCCCUAAUAUGGACUUGGUCUGUAUCUUCUGCAUACCACCCCUAACUUGUCUUAACCCAACUGAUAGGCUCAAACACAUAAAGGAAAGAAAUUCCACAAAUUAACACCUGUUAAUUGAAAUGCAUUCCAGGUGACUCCCUCAUGAAGCUGGUUGAGAGAAUGCUAAGUGUGCAAAGCUGUCAAGGCUAGCUACUUUGAAAAAUCUAAAAUAUUUGUUUUAACACUUUUUGGGGUUACAUGAUUCCAUGUGUUAUUUCAGUGUUGAUGUCUUCACUAUUAUUCUACAAAGUUGACAAGUAAAAAUAAAAAGUAUUGAAUUUGUGGGCGUGCCCAAACGUUUGACUAGUACUGUAUAUUUGCUGAAAUGUUAAAUAUUUUUUUAUUGUGUAUUGCUCAGCUGGGUGGAACAAUGUGUAUGUAAAUAGCGAUAGAGGUCGGUCUUGAUGUGGCCUUUAUUCAUCAGAUAAGGAAUCUCCACUGUUUUCUAUGGCAAUAAAAUAUUUUGAAACUCA